GAAACUUAAAUAAAAAGAUUAAUUUAUCCAUAAUCUAUAACAAAUUUUUAUCCGUACGACUUAUGUAAUUUGCAUCAUGACGCUCAUUGAAUAUAUACAAACUCUAUCCGAUAAUCCUUACUUCGGUGCCGGCUUUGGUCUUUUCGGUCUUGGAGCUGGGGCUGCUUUGUUGAGAAAAGGCGUUCAGGUUGGAGCUGUGCUGUUCAGACGACAUUAUAUGAUCACUCUAGAAGUACCAUGUCGUGAUAAAAGUUAUCAAUGGCUACUGCAGUGGAUCACUCACAAAGGUGCACGAAAAACGCAGCAUCUCUCUGUAGAGACCAGCUUCGAACAGAAGGAAACUGGUCAUGUGAAAACCAAAUAUGACUUUAUCCCGAGCAUAGGAACUCAUUUCUUUAGGUAUAAGGGAAACUGGAUAAAGGUAGAGAGAACUAGGGAGCAACAGACAUUAGAUCUACAUAUGGGUGUACCAUGGGAGACCGUGCAGUUGACAGCGUUUGGCAAAGACAGGAGCAUAUACUUCAAUAUUCUUGAAGAAGCCAGACAAAUGGCUUUGAAGGAGCAUGAGGGAAAGACCAUAAUGUACACUGCCAUGGGAAGCGAGUGGCGGCAAUUUGGGCACGCGAGAAAGAGGAGACCGCUGGAAUCAGUAGUCUUAGACACUGGGAUUUCCGAAAGGAUCAUAAAUGACUGCCAGGAAUUUAUCAAUAAUCCAUCGUGGUACAGUGAAAGAGGGAUUCCCUAUCGCAGAGGCUACUUGUUAUAUGGACCUCCAGGAUGCGGCAAGUCUUCGUACAUUACCGCGUUGGCCGGGGAACUAGAACGCGGUAUCUGCGUUUUAAAUUUAUCCGAAAGAGGCCUGACGGAUGACAGACUGAAUCAUCUGUUAGCAGUAGCACCCCAACAAACUAUCAUCUUGCUCGAGGACAUUGACGCUGCUUUUACUAGUAGAGAAGAGUCUAAAGCAGUUAAAGCAGCAUAUGAAGGUCUCAAUAGAGUAACAUUCAGUGGUCUAUUGAACUGCCUAGAUGGUGUGGCUUCUACAGAAGCUAGAAUAUUAUUUAUGACAACCAAUUACUUGGAUAGACUGGACCCUGCACUUGUUAGACCAGGCAGAGUUGACGUUAAAGAAUACAUUGGAUGGUGCAGCCAGAAUCAAGUCGAACAAAUGUUUCUAAGAUUUUAUAAGGAACCGGGUAAAGAUUCAGGUUCACUUGCAAAGCAAUUUGCUGACAGCGUUAUGUCAUUUAAGAAAAAUGUUAGUCCAGCGCAGAUUCAGGGAUAUUUCAUGUUUCACAAAAGUAAUCCUAACGCGGUCAUAAAUAAUGUCGGACAAAUCUGGGAACUCACGUGAUAAAAGGUAAAAUUGUAGUUGUAAUUCAAGAUAAAACUAUAAUUAAGCAAUUGAUUAAUGUCCCUUUUUUUGUACAAAAAUACAUUGUUAUUCUCGAAGAAGAGACCAAUUUGCAGCAUGAUGAA